UCACACACAACAACCGACCCGGAAGCUUCACCAACCGAAACGACUGAUUUCAAACUUCAUUCGAUCUUUCGAUCAAUAUUCCUCCAAUCUGAACAGACUUUGAUAGUCUUAUAACUCAAAAGCAACAGGAUUGCAAGUCUCGCUUACUUCACCAUUAAUCAUGACUACCCUGCCCGCAUCCUUUCAGCAUGCUAACAAGGCUGCUAUCGCCGCAGCUCUUGCUGAGAACUCAGAAUCUAUCGGGGCAGACGUAGAACCUGGUGAAAUCCAGGAGGUCGAUAUGCAAGCACAGGCAGACGACAUUCGCACUGUUUUCAGUCACCCUACCAGCUUCAAUGUAAAGCAUCCUCUAUACUCACCCUGGACCCUUUGGUUCGAUUCCCCUGCUACUAAAGGCCGUAACCUCCCCCAAACCCCCGUUUCUUCCUUCCCUCAAACUCCCGUUCCUCAGACCCCCAGUGCUGCUGCUGCACAGGGAUGGAUGGAGGAUAUCAAAAGAGUCGUCAGUUUUGACAGCGUCGAAGAGUUUUGGGGCCUCUACAAUCAUAUUGUACCUCCCUCACAGCUCCCUCAAAAAGCAAAUUACUACCUCUUCAAGGAGGGUAUCAUACCUGCAUGGGAGGAUGAAGCAAACAAGCAUGGUGGCAAGUGGAGUAUACAGCUACCCAAAGAGAAGAAUCGCAGUCAAGUUGAUAAAAUGUGGCUUUACACUAUGCUUGCUGCUAUUGGUGAAACCUUCGAUCCCCAUCUUACAGGCGGGGAGGCAUCUGAGCCCAAUUCUCAAUCGCUUAUCACCGGAGUGAUCGUAUCUACCCGACCGCAGUUCUACCGUUUAUCGAUUUGGACGCGACUUGCGCCUUCUGGAGAUGAAGACAAGUUGCGUGAACGCAUCGAGACAGUUGGACGGCACUUCAAGAUUAAUGUACUAGGCUAUCCCGAGACUCAAAAACUGGCCGGUCCUCUCGCAACCGAGGUUGAGUUCCUUUCACACAAAGAUUCUGAGAAGAAGGGCAAGGCAGCGAAGAAGCUCGUCAUUUGAGUGGGUACACCAGUUGCUAUUAUAUCGAUUGAGCAGAGUUCUAGAUAGAUUGUGCUGGAUGUGCCUGAUUUAUUCGUAUGGUGUCCGGACGAAUAUUCUCAUUCUAAGCUCAUGCUGAUGUUGCGAUGCAUAUUGACACUCAAAAUCAUGCUGUCCGGUCCUUGACAUUUUUACCUGAAGCUGUGCACUGCCGUGCAGGCUUGGCAGUGCAACUACGCCGGGUGUGGAGA